GAAGAUCUAGGACGAGAUGUCUCGGUGAGCCACUAAACGGCAUUUGGCUGGCUUGCUGACACCAUUUCGACAAUUUGGGAGACUGGUUUUGAAGUUUUGGGGUGUCACUUAAUCUGAAGAAUUUUAUAGGAUGGCAGACACAAUAGAUAUCGCAUUGCGGAGAACAUCUGGGGCUUCUGAUGAAAGCAACACAAGUGAUGAUGCCUUCAACAGUUUGACCUCAUCUGUUAAUACUCCUCCAUCAUCCAUCUCAAGCUCACCAUCUAAACCUGUCAGAAAGAGGACUAUUUCGACCGGUGGUUCCGGUGAUACAGUGCUAAGAACAUCAAAUAGGACCAUCUACACGGCUGGCAGACCACCUUGGUAUAACUCACAAGGCCAGCUCCACGAGGCUUUCGUUAUAGGUCUAUGUGGAGGUAGUGCAUCGGGUAAGACUACAGUAGCCAAUGAAAUCAUCAAAGCCCUGGAUGUACCAUGGGUUAGUCUUCUCUCAAUGGACUCAUUCUACAAGGUAUUGACGCCCAAGCAGCAUGAGCAAGCCAAUAGAAAUGAAUACAACUUUGAUCAUCCUGAUGCUUUUGAUUUUGAGCUCCUCGUUGAGACGUUAAAGAAACUCAAAGAAGGAAAACAUGUUGAGGUUCCAGUGUAUAAUUUCACAACACAUAGUAGAGAAAGGGAAAUGAAAACUAUGUAUGGUGCUAAUGUAGUCAUCUUUGAAGGUAUCAUGGCCUUUGCCAAGAAAGAACUCAUAGAUGUUAUGGAUCUCAAGAUCUUUGUAGACACCGAUUCAGACAUCAGGCUUGCAAGGAGACUAAAGCGUGACAUCACUGACAGGGGACGUGACUUAGAGGGUGUUGUUAAACAGUAUAACAAGUUUGUAAAGCCAGCCUUUGAACAGUUCAUUGAACCGUCAAUUCAGCAUGCAGAUAUUGUAGUUCCCAGAGGAGCUGAGAAUGAAGUUGCUAUGAUUCUCAUUGUCCAACAUGUACAUGAUCAACUCAAAUCUAGGGGGUUCAAGUUCAGAUCUGAGCUGCCGUUAGCUCAUGUCAACCAGCCUCUACCCGAGACUCUGUAUGUGGUUGCCAAUACUGUUCAGGUACAGGGAUUGCAUACAUUUAUCAGGAAUCGUGAAACAGGGCGUGAUGAAUUCAUCUUCUAUUCCCAGCGGUUGACAAGGAUUCUAAUAGAGUAUGCUCUGUCACUGCUACCAUUCGAGGAUUGUAUUGUAGAAACACCACAGAAUACUAAGUAUGCAGGAAAGAGAUUUAAGGGGAGGUCCAGUGAUGGCAAAAAUAAGAUAUGCGGUGUGUCCAUUCUGAGAGCAGGGGAGGUGAUGGAGCCUGCAUUGAGUGAGGUGUGUAAGGAUAUCAGACUGGGAAAGAUUCUCAUACAGACCAAUAAUAUAUCAGGAGAACCUGAGUUGCACUACUUGAGGCUACCUAAGGACAUCAAGAAAGAUUACGUCAUCUUGAUGGAUGCUACCGUGGCAACAGGGGCGGCAGCCAUGAUGGCUAUCAGAGUUCUUCUGGACCAUGAUGUACCGCAAGAGAACAUCUUGUUUCUAUCAUUGCUAGUUGCUGAAUCAGGUGUACAAACUGUAGCGUAUGCCUUCCCCAAAGUGAAGAUAGUAACCACUGCUGUAGAUAAGGAGGUCAAUGAGAACUUUCACAUCAUACCUGGCAUUGGAAAUUUUGGAGACAGAUACUUUGGGACGGAUUCAUGAUAGGACUGACUGGAUCCCGCCACAUAUCGUUGUAUUCAGUUGGGUAAAGACAAUGGCCUUUAGGAUAUCCUUAAGAUGCUCAGGACAAAUGCAGUGUAUGGAGAGCCAUCUCUGCAAGUUGUACUUGUUUCACACAGUGUUUGUGGUGAAGGUUGUCCAACCUACAGUGUGGGAUACAUCUUUACUUUGUAUGUUGUUCAGGUCUCCUACUACUUCAGUCGACAAGAGACUGAUACCAGACUGACAUAAUUUAACUUUAUUUGCCAGUAAUAUUAGGGCAUUCUUACGAAGACAGAUGAAAAUGUUUGGAAUUCUUCAAAGAAAUUUCCCAAUGCACUAAGAUGAAAAGAAGAGAAUACUCUACGACUGAUAUCUUGGUGGAAAGUGACAAGAGAAUGGCUUGAUCUGGAAUAAGGAACUACAUAUUUUCAAGAGAUUCCUGGAGUCAUCUACCCUAGCCCUCCAACCCUCUGGUCUGUGCUUGAGAUGACACAUUCAGAGUUGCCAACUCACUGAUGGUUUCAUGUAGAAUACUGAUUUCUAACAUUUUAGUUUCAUGUCUUGUCCUACAUGUAUGAUAUUUCUUUGAAAAUGCUGAUUUCCUCACCAAAAUACUGAUUUUCAGCUUUUUAUGGACUGAAAUUAUCUUAUUUUUUUCACAUUGGCAUUCUAAACUGUACAUUUAUUUAUCUACAACUCUGUGGUUGCAAGCUGAAAGUAUCUUGUAACAUACUGUUUUAUUUUUUACUUUGAUGGGAAAUGUUUUGAUGGUAAAACUGUGGUAUUUGUAGCACUAAGGUUAGUGAGUGAUCACUAAAUGAAUUGGCCUAUCAAGAUCAUCGUUGCAUGAGCAUUUUACUCAGUAGACUGACGAGGGACCAAUCAGAUUUCUCCUUUCAAAUUAGCGAUUAAUCACUAACCUUAGUGUUACGGGGCCCUAAAGGCAUUUUAACCAGGGUUAUUAACCAUUGCCAAUAGUGCAUAAACAUCUAUUCAUUAUCAUUGUUAAUGUCUUGUUUUUUAGGUUUUUUUUAAAUGGCGUAUAGCAUUAUAAGUAUGAAUAUGCAUGUGUACAUGUAUUAUUGAAGUGUGAUAUCAAUGCAGUACAUACAUUACAUUGUACAUGUAUACCAUGGCUUGUUAAUUUGUCUACAAAAAAUAUCCUACAUUUCCAUCAACUUAUUUAUGUUUGUCAUUGACUAAGAGAGUGGAUAAUGAAGGAAGAAAUGGGUGCUUCUUCAUGUUCAGUCAAAUUAAUUCAAAUCAAAGCAACAGAAUCAGAAUUUCCAUUAAGAUAGUAGACAUUGUUACAUUGGAAAGAUGUUGUGCAAAAUGUCUUCUGGUGCAUUCUCUGAUUGCUAAACAUUUUUGUUGUUUUUUGUGGUCAGUUUAUGAAACAUUUGCAAAGUACUGUUAUUUCUUGAACAGACACAAAACUUCUGAUAAAUGGACAAACUUGGUAGAUAUUUUAGGCUGAAAAAAUAAAUAAAAUGGGUGAAUUAGACUGUUUUUGCACACAGUAUUGUGUUAUUUUGUUUUUCUCUUUUUUCUCUUGUGAAUUCAAUUUUCUCUUGAGAGAAAGGCAAUGGAUACUUCCAUAAAUAAAAAUGGCUUUAAAGAAUAUUGCUUAAUUUCUCGUGGGUUUGAUACUGUAUGUUAUCUAACUUUUUUUUUCGAUAGAGGAUUUAUGAAGAACACUAACUAGAAAUUUGCAAUGUUUUGUUUAGAAAAAGUAAUGGGGUCAUUCACUCACAGCACAGACAUUUUUGUCUUCUUUGAUCGAUUCCAUGUCUAUAUCAAUUACACUUGUAUUUGUUCUGGCAUUUCUUAUAAUUCUGAUAUUAAUUUUGAUAUCGUCAUGUAAGUUUUAUGAUUUUUUCUGUUGUAGGGUCAUAUGGCUUGUUUUCUUACUGAUCAGUAUACUUAUUUUUCAGGUAAAAAUAUGAAGCAACUUGGGGAAAUUGUGUUUUUUCCCCUACCUGGGUAAUUCCAUUAAAUGAUCAACCUUUGUGUACAUCCGACCCCAAUUAUCUCAAGUCUUACUUCACUUCAAAAACUGAACUUUGACUACAUUAUUCAAAGUGAUUGAAUAAUUAUCUAUACAUGUCUUUAGCCGCAAAUUAUGAUUUGAUGUUCCUAUUUUGUCGGCAGAUUAAUUUGUAAUGGAAAGGGGGUUGCUAACACAAAGGUCAAUCCAUAUAUUCUAUUAAACGGAAAUGAUUGUUCAGGUAAAAAUAUGAAGCAACUUGGGGAAAUCGUGUUUUUUCCCAUUCCUGGAUAAUUCCAUUAAAUGAUCAACCUUUGUGUACAUCCGACCCCAAUUAUCUCAAGUCUUACUUCACUUCAAAAACUGAACUUUGACUACAUUAUUCAAAGUGAUUGAAUAAUUAUCUAUACAUGUUUUUAGCCGCAAAUUAUGAUUUGAUGUUCCUAUUUUGUCGGCAGAUUAAUUUGUAAUGGAAAGGGGGUUGCUAUUAAACACAAAGGUCAAUCCAUAUAUUCUAUUCAACGGGAAUGAUUGUUCAACUGACGUCCAAUUACCAACGUACAUUUAUUAUAAUGCAUUUGCUGAAAGGUCAGAGCAAAAUUUUGAUUCAUUUUUUUAGCAAUUCAUUUUCUGGUCACUGGUAAAGUCUUGCUUAACUUAUUUUAAAUACUUGUUUUAUUGAUUACAAUCAUGUGAUUUAACCCUAUCCAGGUCGGGGGGGGGGGCUCGGAGGCCCCCCCCUCAACGAUUCGCGCAAUAUUUUUGCCGUGCAAAUUUGUUUUGACCGCGCCACUCGCUGACUUUUUACUUUCAAGUCUUGCGCAACUUUUGCGUUUUCGCGUUACCCGGGUACGCGGUACCGAAAUUAUGCAACAUUAUGUAAGUGCAUGUCAGACCAAAAAUUGCUCAAAAACUCGAUUUCGUGUACAAGGUCAAUGCAAAUGGUGUUUUCAACCAAAAAUCAUAAAUGUAUGAUUAUUUUUAGUUUUGCUGGUCCAAUUGUAUUUAUUUUAUGCUGUUAUGAUCUCAGAAGAGUCCCCAACAAAUUUCAUUGAAAAAACAAUGAAAAACAAAAUGUCAAAAAACAAAGAAAUACAUAAGAAAUUGCAAAAAACAAUAUAAUACAUAAGAUAUUGAGCUGAUAUUGCAAUUUUUUUUAUGUACACUUGCUAGGAACACCACAAAGAGUUUCUAAAACAAAAAUUAGAACAUUUGGAGCUUUAUUUAGGGAGUUAAACUAAAGGGAAAAGUAUGAUUUCGCAUACUAAUUACGCAUAAUCACUUAAUAGCAAUUUGCGUGAAAUAAAUUACUAUACAAUUUUGUAGAUUAUGUCCCAGACAACCUGCGUGCCAAUUUUCGGCGCGAUCGCGCAGCCAACAGCCGAGAUCUCAAGGGGGGCCUAUGAACUCCCAAAAUACAUUGUACCCUGGCCUAGAUAGGGUUAAAGCCCUGAUUGCAUUUUAUUCUUGAACUGUGCCACCUACUUUGAAAUGUAAUUUUGUAUCUUUUAUUACCUCAUAAUAUGCAUUAUGUUAGAAUUUAACAACAUGAAUUCAUGAACUUGCUUCAUGACAUUUGUUUGUGGAGUGGCUUUUUUAUAUCAAUAAAUUCUAUUCUAGCAUGGCCAGUGCUUGAAGAGCUUAAAUUGA